AUGGAAGAGAUCGCCCCGGAAUACGAUGUUAUCGUCCUAGGCACAGGCUUGACAGAAUGCGUGCUCUCUGGCGUCCUUUCCGUCAAGGGCAAGAAAGUCCUCCACAUCGAUCGUAACGACCAUUACGGCGGUGAGGCUGCGUCUAUCAACAUUGAAGCUCUCUUCAAGAGAUACGGAACCCAUAAACCGGGCGAAGAGCCGUGGAAGAAAUACGGCCGCACCAACGACUGGAACAUUGACCUAGUUCCCAAGCUCUUGAUGGCAAAUGGCGAACUCACAAACAUCCUCGUCUCUACCGAUGUCACCCGAUACCUCGAAUUCAAACAGAUCGCAGGCAGCUUCGUACAGCAAGGCUCAGGUCCGCGCGCAACAGUGGCGAAAGUCCCAUCCACCGCUGCAGAGGCAUUAAGUUCACCUCUGAUGGGCCUAUUCGAGAAGAGAAGGGCAAAGAAAUUUCUGGAGUGGGUGGGUGCAUUUGAGGAGAACAACCCGGCAACACACAAUGGAAUGAAUAUGAAUCAAUGCACCAUGAAAGAGGUUUAUGACAAGUUCGGACUGGAACCCUCUACGCGAGACUUUAUUGGUCACUCUAUGGCACUUUACUCGACUGACGAGUACAUCAACGCACCUGGCAUGGCUAAGGAGACCGUUGAGAGAAUCCGCCUGUACGCCAACUCGAUGGCUCGUUACGGCAAAUCACCCUACAUUUACCCGCUAUACGGCUUAGGGGAGCUCCCACAAGGCUUUGCCCGUCUCUCCGCUAUCUACGGGGGUACGUACAUGCUCAACACCUCGGUGGACGAGUUUCUCUACGACGGUAACAAAGUCGCCGGUAUCAAAGCGACUAUGCGAGAACGAGGCGAAGAGAACGAAGAAGGCAUGAAAUUCACCACAAAGACCAAGAUGAUCCUUGGUGACCCCUCCUAUUUCCCCGGCAAAGUUCAAGUGGUCGGUCACCUCCUCAAGGCCAUCUGUAUUUUGAACCACCCGCUGGAGAAGACCGGGGAUGCCGAUUCCUUGCAACUCAUCAUUCCCCAAUCACAGGUGGGUCGAAAACAUGACAUCUACAUUGCCAUGGUAUCCUCGGCCCACAACGUGUGUCCCAAAGGAUACUACAUUGCCAUCGUCUCCACCAUCGCCGAAACCUCUGCGAACCACCACCUUGAGCUGCAGCCGGGACUCGAGAGACUUGGCCGCAUUGAAGAGAAAUUCAUGGGGCCGCCGAUCCCUCUAUACCAACCAUUGGAAAGUGGCGUGAACGACCAGAUCUUCAUCAGCAACAGCUUUGACGCAUCGAGCCACUUUGAGACAGUCACGGAGAAUGUCAGAGACAUCUAUCAGAGGGCAAUGGGAGAGGAAUUGAAAGUGGAAGGGUUGAGGGAGGGCCAGACUCUGGCUGAGGAGUAA